GAGCUCCAUACAUUACUUUCACGGCCAUUGCAACCCAAGUCAUUUUCUCAUUGGUUUUUGGCAGGGGUAAUUACUUUAAAAGCCUUUUUCUUCACUCUGACAAUAUCAUGGCAUAACAGGAACUGGUUGUACUCCUGCUUAACUGGCUUAGUACAUUUAACAAUCGACUUGACUUUAACCAUUGACUUUCUUUCUCAGGCUGGUGUUUCAACUCUCCUUCAGAACCAAUUUGAAGAAUUAGCUAAUAAGGAGAAAUUUGGUGAUGCAAGAAACUCAGGUGAAAGCAAAAGAAGGAAAUUGGUGGUUGUUGGUCGGGAUUCGGUAGAACCACUCCAAGCACUUAGGAGUGCUGGUCGGGAGUUAAUUAGAGCUUGA